AUCCCGCGGCGCGAUGCCACAAUUAGGAAGAAAGAAUUGGGUUCGAAGGUGAAAUCGCAAAAGUAAAGGGUACACAGAACGUGGGGAGAACAGAGGACUCGCAGCGUAACGUGGUGGGAAAAGGCCUUGACUCCAAGCCUUUCACUAAACUUGCCGCUGAUCACCGCUAAUCUGACCCCCGCGUGCCGCUCUCAGCCGUUUCCGAAGCCUGGGCGUAAGUGAACGAUUGGAUUUCACUGUACUUAAUUUGAGAAGCACCCCACUGAUCUGGUUCAGUGCGUGGAACUGAUCGCAUCGCCAAGUAGACAGAAAAUCGUCCCCCGAUUGCACGCCGAUGGAGAGGCGCCGUUUCCCCGGUGGGGAAGAUCUGGAUCAUGCACUUCAACGCUUUUCUUAGAUUGGGUUCAGUCGCAUCAUCAGGGGCAUGGGUACUGAGCGUUGGAGUUGGUUCUGAGGAGCUGUGUCAAAAAUGUGGAGGUUUUUGGUCGGCUUUGUGGUGCUGGAUGGAGCCUGUUGCAGCAGAUUGGCAGCACGAGUCUAGGUUGCCUUGAAACUGGCGAAGUUUCGGGUGGUGUUGAAUAAUGUUCAACCAAGGGUUUUGCUUACCGGGACCGCGGAAUAGAAUCUAAGCUGCAUAGAUGGAUUCUCAGAAUGUCCUCGCGGACCAAGUGAAGGGAAAUAGGAAUCAACUGCAAGGCAGUGGGGAGAUUAUCUUAACAGCUUCGUCCGAGAUCGCAGUCAGUUCAGUCACUUCACCAAGUGUCCCAGCUCCAAGUUGCCCUGAGGUCGUCAAUAAGCCCACUGCAUGUUCAAGCCAUCUCCCGCCUCUCUCUGCUACUAAAUCUGGAAAGAAUUCGACUGCCCACGGGCAAGUGCCUCGCCCGCAUUUACGAUCAAGAGUUUCUCUCGAGAAGAACAAGUUCAACAUCAUUUUGACAGGGACACCAGUUUUGCAGCCUACAUCUGAAAUUCCUCCGACACCUUACUCGGACAAGAGGGCGUCAUCACUGCCCGUGCCGCGCGCAAACGCACAUUCUUCUGGUAGCAACUCAGAAUCCGUCAAAGGACACAGCCAUGAAUUAGCAAUCAACGUGCUAGGGCACGAGAAAGUAAAUCCUAUCAUACGGUCAUUCUCCACACCCGUGAUCGGAGAUAAGGUCGACAGUGCUUGCAGAGAUGGCAAAGGUUAUAUGCUGGUUAGAUCCGCCAGCCCACAACCAUCGUCAGUGCAGCAAUCUAGGGAAAACGAAUCGGGUGAUGCCGUUCACCCUCACGUAUCAUCAGAGUUUGAUGUUGAAAAAGGCAAAGGAUCCAUCAAGGAUGAAUUAGAAGAAGCAAUUCCUGUGGAAGAAGCAGUGUGCAGAAUCUGUAUGGAUUCUCUUACAGAGGAUUGUGGGGAGACUUUAAAAAUGGAAUGUCGCUGUCUGGGUGAGAUGGCUCUGGCGCACAAGGAAUGUGCGUUCAAGUGGUUUGGUAUCAAGGGAGAUCGAGUAUGUGACGUGUGUGGCACUGUUGUGCAAAAUAUUCCAGUGACAAUGGUCCGAGUCCCUGCCAACGAGCAAACGGUCAACCAAUCAAGAUCCGUGGACACACACACUGUGAACAGAACUUCUAUUUGGCAGGAUAUUCCUGUUUUAGCUAUAAUCAACAUGAUGGCGUAUUUCUGCUUCAUUGAGCAAUUGUUGGUCAGUAAAUUGGGUACUAAGGCCCUGGCCAUAUCUAUUCCCUUUUCUAUCAUCAUCGGCCUUCUUGCUUCGGUUACAACUAUUGCUCUCGUUACUAAACGAUACGUUUGGAUGUACGCCACUAUUCAAUUUGCCCUCGUCUGUAUAUUUGGAUACGUGUUCUUCUUUAAGACUAAGCUGGAAACCGUGUUAGCCGUUCUCCUUGCAGCCUUUUCGGGCUUUGGCGUAGCCAUGACCAGCAAUGCUCUCAUUUUAGAAUAUGUUCACUGGAAGACUUACACAUCCAGAAGAACCCAACAGGCCGCAAGCGUUGUGGACGUGGAAGUUUCAUUUCGACAAGAAAAUAUAAGUGGUGAACUCGCACCCGCUAAUUCACAGUGGUCCCGAGAGCUGAACACCUCGCAGGUCUCCAGUGUUUUAGACAUCGGAAGUGAUUCCGCAACUGCAAGGAGUCCCAGCUCCAGGAGUCAGGCUCCUUCAGAGACCCACUCUAUGCACUGUUCGUGAGAGCAGUACAACCACAACAUUCAGAGAGGUUUGAGUUUUACUUUUCUCGCCGUCAAAUGAUGUUGAAAAUGGCUGUUCAGUUGAUUGAAAGCCUUGAUGGAGGCAGCUGCUUGACGCAGGAGCUUGACGCAGGAGCUUGAUCUUAAGGUUUGAUCCGCUCUUCUGGACCCAUUGAGAUCCCAGUUGUAGCUGCAAGUUCGAUCCCAUUUUUUUUGGUGCACUUCUCAGCCUUGAGUAUUUUCUGGAGCUCCUCAACUUUGUAUUGUAAGGCAUAGAACAUGGCUAGAUAUUUGGAGUGUGUCUCUCCACAUGUAGACACCGUUAUUCUAGCGUAUGACAUGAUGCGACUUUUAUUCACGUAGUUAUUGGACUCAACAUUGAACACUAAAACUAGUUACUGCUGCGAUAUAUUGUGGAAGUGAUAAGCAUCAUUAUGUGCCUGCGAGGUACACAUAUUUGGGAAGAACUCGAUGUUUUCUGGAAGCAGAAUAUGCUGCUCUGAAUCUAACAUGUGGACCCGAGUCGCUUCCUGUGAAAGUUUCACCGCCUUAA